AUGGCUGAGAGAGUAAGAAAUGAUUUGUGGAAAGAAGAUGAGGCCUUGAAAGAAACGUUGGAGCGCUAUGUGAAAGAAGGUUUACAGCGAAAGGAGAUUCUAGAUUUUAUGGUAAGGGACUUUGACGAGUACACUUGGAGCAUAAGAACGCUAGAUAGACGACUUGCUUAUUUUGAAAUUAAGUACACAAAUCGGAACAUUGCGUUAGACGAGAUCCAAGAUGCAGUAAAAAAAGAAAUGGACGGACCCGGAAAACUACUAGGAUACCGUGCGCUUCAUAAGAAGAUAAGGCAGGUACAUGGGCUCAAUGUUCCAAGAGAUGUCGUUUAUGCUGUGAUGUAUGAUAUCGACGCCAAUGCUUUACAUGAAAGAGCUCCUCAGUUUAAGAGGAAAAAAGUCAAGGGUCAUUUUACUUCACCGGGGCCAAACUGCGUCCAUUCUCUGGACGGUCAUGAUAAGCUUAUGGGUUAUCAGAACUGGGUGUUUCCAAUCGCAGUAUAUGGAUGUAUAGACACCUGUAGUAGGAGAAUUUUAUGGAUUAAAGUAUGGACUACUAACAGUGACCCAAAUAUCAUCGGACGCUUUUACCUGGAAUACUUGUUCAAGACACGCCGCAUUGCAAACAAGCUGAGACUUGAUAAAGGCACAGAGACAGGAAUUAUGGCCACAAUGCAUGCUUAUUUACGACAAAACCAUGGAGAUGUGGAGGACCCUGUUGAAACAGUCAUUUAUGGACCCUCCACCUCAAAUCAGAUUGAAAGAUGGUGGAGGGAAUUACAUGAAAGAUUAGAGAAGUUUUUUAAGGGCCCCUUAAACAAAUUAAAGGACCAUGGGAUUUAUGAGCCAGAUAAUGAUCAUCAUCGCAACCUUAUAGCCUAUAUUAUGAUCCCAAUUAUGCAAAAGGAGAUAGACACAUUUGUAAAUACAGUCUGGAAUAGCCACAGAAUUCGACACCAAAAAGACACUUACUUACCAGAUGGAGUACCAAACCACAUUUAUGCUUUUCCUGAGAAAUAUGACCUUCAAGAAUGUGGAUUUGAAGUAACACAACAACAACUCGAUGAAGUUGCAGAGCUUUCUGAUGUUUUUUCAAGUUAUGAUGACUAUAUGCCGACAGAUGUAAGAAACAAAUGUGAACAAGUCAUUGCUGAUCCAUUACAAAUUGAUGUUGGUGAUUUUCAUCAUGCAUUCCGUUACCUGAAGGAAAAGAUAUCGUUGUGA